AUGACUGCUUCCACCAUGUCUAUCUACUCCAGUGACUUCAGCUAUGACUGUCCAGAGAGCUGCUGUAUACCCACCUGCUGUCUGUGUACCUGCUCUGCCUCCACCUGCUACACCCCCACAUACUAUGUUCUGGCCCCCAGGGGUCACCUCAUCUGUACUCCUUUGAGCUGGAAGACAUGGUUCCCACACAUCUGCCCACGACUCACUGGUCAGAAAAAGAUCCUCCAGAUUCAUGGAGAAUCAGUGACAUCACCCACAGAGCAGGUCUGGUACAAGACCAGGAAGGGAAGUUUUGAGGCCUCUGUUGAGACAACACACAACACAGAGGGAUAUAAAAACCCUGGAGACCGAGAGCUCUUCACUCACUCACUCACUCACUCACACCCUCCUCCUCUACAACUUCACCUCUUCCACCCCACCCACACCAUGGCUGCUUCCAACAUGUCUGUCUGCUCUAAUGAUGUAAGCUAUGGCAGCCGUUUCUGCCUGCCUGGGUCCUGUGAGUCUUGCACCGACUCCUCCUGGGAGGUGGACAACUGCCCAGAGAGCUGCUGCGAGCCACCCUGCUGUGCCCCCACCUGCUGCCAGUCCACCUGCUGUGCCCCCACCUGCUGUGCCCCAGCCUCCUGCCAGACCCUCAUCUGCACCCCCCUGAGCUGUGUGUCCAGCCCCUGCUGCCAGGCAACCUGUGGGUCCAGCUCCUGCCAAUCAGUCUGCACUAGCUCCUGUGAGCCUUCCUGCUGCCAGCAGUCUAGCUGCCAGCCUGCAUGCUGCACACUCUCCCCCUGCCAGCAGGCCUGCUGUGUGCCUGUCUGUUGCAAGCCCAUCUGCUGUACGCCUGUCUGCUGUAAGCCUGUAUGCUGCAAGCCUGUCUGCUGUGAGCCUGUCUGCUGUAAGCCUAUCUGCUGUAAGCCCAUCUGCUGUGAGCCCGUCUGCUGCAAGCCUGUCUGCUGUGUGCCUGUCUGCUGUGGGCCUAGCCCCUGCCCAGCCCCCUCAUGCUGCCAGCCCUCUACCUGUACAACCUCCUGCUGUAAACCCUCCUCUUGUGUGUCCCUCAUCUGCCAACCUGUGUGCAAGCCUGCCUGCUGUGUGUCCUCCUCCUCCUGCUGUGCCCCUGCCUCCUCUAGUGUGUCCCUGCUCUGCCGCCCUUUGUGCAAGCCUGCCUGCUGUGGCUCUUCCUCAGGCCAGAAUUCCUGCUGCUGA